AUACACUUCCCUCUCUCUCUUUCUCCUGGUUUCUCUCUCAUCGCCACUGACUUUUGCUCUCUCUCUCUCUCUCUCUCUCUGAAGAAAUUCAAAACUUCAUCUCCUUUCCGUCCAAAGCUCUAAUCUUUCCCAUCUCUUUUCUCCUCAGAAAAGCGAUUAAAAACUUGAGUCCCCGGAAAGAUCAGGUGGUGACUUGGUGAGUCUGUUAUAAAGAAAGAAAAAAUGGUUGCUAAGAAAGGAGGAGGAGGUAAAGAUUCAUCUUCUUCUUCUUCAGAGGUUGGUGAGAUUGACACAAGCGCUCCUUUCCAAUCCGUUAAACAUGCUGUUAACCUCUUCGGUGAAGCUGCCCUCUCCGCUGAUAAGCACCCUCUCAUUCGUAAACCCAGUCCUCAAUCCGCUGAGAAAGUUUUGGUGAAGCAGACAGAGCUUCACUUGGCGCAGAAGGAGCUGAACAAGCUGAGGGAGCAGGUUAAGAACGCUGAAACAGUGAGAGACCAAGCGUUGAGUGAGCUGGAUUGGGCUAAGAGGACCGUCGACGAGCUUACUCGUAAGCUCGAUGCUGUUAGCGAGUCGAGAGAUUCUGCUAAUAAAGUGACCGAAGCAGCGGAGAGCCGGAUCAGGGAAGCGAAACCAGAGAGUGGCUCUGUCUCUGUGUGUGGUAGUAGUAGUAGUGGUGAUGAUGAUGAGUAUGGGAUGGUGUGUAAGGAGCUUGAUGCAGCGAAGCAAGAGCUGAGGAAGAUCCGUCAGGUUUCUAACGAGAUUGCGGAUACAAAGAGUGUUGCUUUGACCAGAGAAGAGGAAGCUAAGGAAGUGAGUAAAGUUUAUUCUGAGAAGAUUGAGUUGCUUAGAAAGGAGAUAGAAGCUGUUAAUGGAUCUGUUGAGGAGACUAAGCUUGCGUGUUCUCAAGCUCGUAAAGAACAGUCUGAGAUAUUCUCGGAGAAGGAGAUUCAGCAGCGGACGUAUAAAGCUGGCAUGGAAGAAUCUGCCAAGAAGCUACUCGCUUUGAGGAAAGAGUUUGAUCCUGAGUUUGCUAAAAAGCUUGAAGCGCAGCUUACUGAGACUUAUAACGAGAUAGACGAGUUGCAGAAGCAGAUGGAGACUGUGAAAGCAUCUGAUGUGGAUUCCGUUAAUGGUGUGAGUUUGGAGUUGAACGAAGCGAAGGGUUUGCUAGAGAAGUUUGUGGAAGAAGAGAAGUCUUUGCAAGAGUCGGUGGAGUCUCUCAAAGCAGAGCUGAAGAAUGUGAAGACAGAGCGGAGUGAAGUUGAAGCGAAGGAGGGUGAGAUCGAAUCUGUGGCUGGAGAUCUUAACCUGAAGCUUAGCAAAAGCAAGAGUGAGCUAGAAGAAUGUGUUGCGGAGGAAACUAAAGCAAAGGCUGCUUUGGAAGAUAUGAUGUCAACUUUGAAUCAGAUAUCUUCCGAGACAGAAGCUGCUCGAAGAGGAGCUGAGGAGAUGAGAAACAAAGCCGAGGGGUUAAUGAAGGAAGCUGAAACCGCUCAUCUCACGCUCGAAGAGACAGAGCUAAACUUGAGGGUCGCUCUAGAUGAAGCCGAGGAAGCAAAAGCUGCCGAGGCAAAGGCGCUUGGACAGAUAAAGUCAAUGUCUGAGAAAACAGACGCUGCCCGUAAGUCGACAUCAUCCGAGUCUGGAGCUCAGAGCAUCACACUGUCUCGGGAGGAGUUCAACUCGCUGAGCAAGAGAGCUGAGGUGUUCGAUAAGUUGGCGGAUAUGAAAGUGGCGGCUGCACAGGCUCAGGUGGAAGCAGUUAGAGCUAGCGAAACCGAGACACUGAAGAAGUUAGAGACUACACAAGAGGAGAUUGAGAAGCUGAAGACCGCAACAGAAGAAGCACUGAAGAAAGCAGCUAUGGCUGAUGCUGCUAAGAAAGCGGUUGAAGGAGAACUCAGGAGGUGGCGGGAAAGAGAUCAGAAGAAAGCAGAGGAAGUGGCGUCGAGGAUCCUCGCAGAGGCUGAGGCCAAGAUGUCCGCUGAGUCAUCAUCACCGCAACAUCAUUACAAAGCUACUACUAAGCAGAAGCCUAUCCACAACAAACUGGAGAAGACAAAAACCUCUGUGGUAUCAAAGAAAGUGCUUUUACCUAAUCUAAGUGGGAUCUUUAGUAGAAAGAAGAAUCAAGUGGAGUGGGGUUCUCCUUCAUAUCUCCCUGGAGAGAAACCCAUUUGAGAUGUAUGCUUUCUUUUCAAGAUUUGAGAACUUUUAUUGUUGUGAACAAAGAAAGCUUUGUGAUUUUAGAUCAGAAGCAGUUGCAGCUAUGGUCUAUAAUGUGAAAAAAAAACUGGUUUGUUGGUGUAAAUUGGAUCAAAUCUACUUCGGUUGUUUUGUUU